AUGACAGCAAGUAGUCGAGGGAGUCGAGCUGCGGCUUCUUUGAUCCGAGGACAUCCACGAGUCUGCUCGGACUGCAUCAACUACAUCACGAAAGCCUCAACAAGAAGAAGCUAUGCUGUAGCAGCAAGUACCUUCAAACCUGCCGAUGGACCAACAAUCCACCACCCCAACAUUGAUGCUCUCCCACCCGUCACCUCAUCCGCGGCCCCCGAAUACAAAACCAAGGCCGGCAUCUUGCUCUCGCGGCCACCUCUGCUAACACGCACACUUACCCCCUUUGAAAAAGCCUUCUUCUUCUACCAAAAACGACUCAAUGAACGUCUGGCCGUGCCUUUCUCCCGCUACUUCUACUUCAAAAAGGACACGCCCGCCGACGCGGACUGGAAACUCAAGGCCAAGGAGCGUGGCGGUGUUCCCGCGAGGGAGUUGGGCGGGUACCAGGCGUAUGGGAAGCUUGGGUGGAAUGAUGAGAUUCUGAUGGGUGAUACGACGAGUGAGACUGAACAUGCAAUUGAGGCGCUGGUCAAGGACUCGCAGCUCAGGGCUGUGGAGGGGAAGGAUGGCGCGUCCGUAGAGGUUAAGCCUGGGGAGGAAGCAGAGGAUAAUAAAAUUGAGAAGCCGCUCAAGAGAUAUACGAGAGCCGAUGUGCGGAAGGACUUUAGGAGACUAGAUAGGAAGUUGGAACGGACGUUGUAUUUGCUUGUUCAGAGGAAGAAUGGGGGAUGGGGAUUUCCGGCUGGAGAGCUAGCUGGGAGGGAGAACUUGCAUCAGGCAGCAGAACGCGUCAUCGUCCAAACCGCAGGCGUCAACAUGAACACCUGGGUGGUCGGCCAUGUUCCCAUCGGCCACUACGUUAUGAAACCUCGGACCGACAAGACUGUUGAAAUAGCGGGAGAGAAAACGUUCUUCAUGAAAGGGCGCAUAAUGGCAGGGCAGGCAAAUCUGGAGGGAAAUCAAUUCGGCUUAAGUGAUUUCAGGUGGGCGACAAGGGAAGAAGUCGAGAGACUUGUCUCUCCUAAAUACUACAGCUACGUGAGGAAUAUGCUGGCUGAUCGAUAG